CAUUGCUUCUCAAUAUGGUAGAAGUCAAUCUACCAGAUUGGAUUGAACAUCCAAUCAUUGAUGAUAAAAAACGAAAAAGGCAAACGAUCUUCAGUGUUCAUGUUCACCCUGAUGGCAGUCGUCUUGCAACAGCAAAAAAAUGCAAAUAGACUUUUGUCUGCUAUGUCACGUCAUACUGGAUCUGUUCUUUGCGUGAGAUGGUCACCUUCAGGUCGAUUCUUAGCUUCAGGUUCAGAUGACACAAUUUGUCUUAUAUGGGAAUUAGAUCCUACUGGAUUGGGAGGUGGCACGUUUGGCUCUUUUGGAUCGCGUGAAGAUGAAGCAAAUGUAGAAAGUUGGAGACCACAUAGACGUUUGGCUGGACACGAAUCUGACGUUGUCGAUUUGGCAUGGAGUACAGACAAAGAAGAUAGCUAUUUGGCAACCGUUGGACUGGAUUCACGUGUGAUGGUAUGGUCGGGUCCACGAAAUGGUCCUGGUUCAUUUGAACGCGUUCGUGUCAUUACAGGUCAUCAAGGUUUCGUCAAAGGUGUCGUUUGGGAUCCUAUCGGUAGAUAUUUGGCUACAGCAUCGGAUGAUAAAACGAUGAAAUUUUGGCAAGUUGGAGGCGAUUGGAGUUUGCAAAAGACCGUCUCUAAACCGUUUGAGACGAGUAGAUCGACAUUCUUUCGUCGUUCAAGCUGGUCUCCCGAUGGUGUCCAUGUAUUGGCUGCAAAUGCAAUGGUCUCUGGAUCCGUAUUUGUGGCUAACGUGAUCGAUACGGAAGAUUGGAAAAGUGACGUUAGCUUGGUCGGACAUGAAAACGCUGUUGCAGUAACUGCAUUCUCUCCUCAGCUCGUUUACGAUAAGGGAGAAGAUGGACAAGAUUGCCUGACGACCUUGAUGGCACUCGGAUCACUUGAUCAAAGUUUGAGUGUCUGGCUAGCAGGACACAGAAGGCCAAUCUGUGUAGCUCGUGAUCUUUUCCAAUUACAAGUCAUGGAUCUCAGCUGGUCUUCGGAUGGAAUGACGCUAUACGCAUGCUCAGCAGACGGAUACAUUGCGUGUGUGAAAUUCACUGCUGAUGACUUGCAAGUGGCACCAGAGUCAGAACUGCAGAAAUCAAGGGAUAGAAUGGGAUUCGCAGAACAUCAAAGAAAGUUCCGAGCAUCAAGAUCUUCAGGACAAUCUAUGAACGGCGUAAAUGGAACGUCACACGGUACAGCCGACAGACCAAAUAUGCUUGUGCCACGAAAAGCUGGCGUGCCCAGAGCUGCUCUCACUCCUGCCGUUCCCACACCGGUAAGCUCACAAACUUCUAGAUUAACACAACAAAUCACUCUCACCCGUGACGGUAAAAGACGAAUCAGACCUACCCUUCUAAACGGAAGCCAAAGCACAGACCAUUCGUAUCCCUACGGAGGCUUGUCUUCUGUUGAUUCGAAUUUGUCGAGCAGCAGCGUUGUGGAAGUCGAUCCGGCCUCUUUCCCACUCCGUGGCGCAAAGAGAACAGCAAGUGCUUCUUACGGCGAUCAAGAUGAUUUGCAAACGCCCAGCACGAAACGGAUCAAAGAUGUUGGACGUACAUUGGGAGGAAAUCUUACACGCGAACAAGCAGGGCCUUCAACAUUGUUACGGUCAGACGUUCAUGCUUUGUUGGCAAGUAUGGGAGCAGGAAAAGUUUUGCCUUCACCGGCCGUGCUGAGCUCGUUUAAACGUGAAGAAUCAGUCGGAACAAUCGAAGUGCGCAAUUUCGAAGCUGCUAGGCCGACAGAGAUAUACUACUUCGAUGCAAAUUCAGAAGGACGUGCUUCUUGGAUGGAUUUCUCCAAUUCUGCUGCGAUUGCAGCCACUGUCAGCGAUAAAUUCUCUGCAAUUGGAUUCGAAGAUGGUUCUGUGGUUGUAUACUCGCCUAAAGGUAGGAUAUUGGCUAAUAUGCAUAUCGAAACAACAUGUCACAAGAUGGAAAGCCAGAAAGACUUUUUGGUCAUCAUCACCUCGCAAGGCCAAUUGAGAAGAUGGAAUGUCAAUACGAACAAGGAAGUGCAUCGACCAAUUUCCAUCUUGUCUCUGUAUGCAAGCAAAGUGGGACAUUUGCAAGAAGAUGAGAUUGCUCACUUUUGGGUACAUUUCAAUGGAAUUCCAAUCAUCAUUAUGCGCAGCGAAAAGGCAUAUGCAUUGGAUCCAGAGAGAAUGGCAUGGACGUUAAUCUCGAGCGGUUGGUUCGCUGAUUGCAGCCCUGUUUGGGAAGGUCGCACUCGUGCAAGAGGAGCAUCGAUUGAUGCGAACAGUGGAACGGGAAGCACUCCUUCAUCUAGACGUGAUACAGUUCGAAGAAUUGAGAGUACGAUCAAUGAUAUGGUCAUCAUUCAACGAUCAGAAACGGGUAUUCAACCUUCGGUCAAACCACCACAAGACAGGUUGGAAGAGUUUGAUGUGGCAAUCACUCUGAAACAUCUGGAAGCACGAUUCAAUGCGGCAGCGUUGCUUGAUAGUCCGUCAGAGUACAAGCUGCAUUUGACAAGUUAUGCAAAGAAGUUGGGUGAUGAAGGUAUACGUAAUCAGGCUGAAGAGCUAUGCAGAAGUCUGAUCGGACCAUUAUACUACAAUCCAAACGAACAACCUACAUGGAAAUCGACCGUUUGUGGGUUACAGAAGCGUGAAGUUUUGGUGGAAGUUUUGCGCAGUAUGUCAAAGGGUAGAUUGUUGUUGGGAUUGGUGGAACAAUACCACAAGCAUUUGAAAGAUAUUCAACAAUCCUGGUAAGGCUCGUGAAGCCAAUUUGUACAUUAGUGUAAACAAUGUAAAUUAUCUAUUGAUUUGAUCGAAAGAUCUGGGUAUUGUGAUACAGUUA